CUAGCACCACCAACACACACUUAUUCCAAGCAACUGAGAAGACCAAUAAGUGAAUAUGGAUUCCUCUUCUCCAAACUCAGGCAUGGAUCGGAUGGAUGGGUUUGCAAAAAAAGCAUUUGGUGCCGUUUCAGGCGUUGCUUCUACUGCCUGUGGCUAUGCAAAGCAGCUUCCAAGUUCACACAUAAAUGGGAUGGAUUUGUGUGGGAAAGCAUUUGGGGCUGUUUCAGGUGUUUCUUCUACUGCCUGGGGCUAUGCAAAGCAACUUCCAAUUUCACACAUAAAUGGGAAAGCAUUUGAUGCUGUUUCAGGUGUUUCUUCUGCUGCCUGUGGCUAUGCAAAGCAGCUUUCAAACUUGGCAACAGAUCAACAAAAACUCAACAUCUUAGCGGUUCAGAGUUCUCAGAUCACAGAUCUUAUAAACCUAUAUGGGAUGUGCACAGGACUUGGGGUAAACGCUACAACAGUUGGUGCUGUAGCUACAGUGGGCGUUGCAGCAUGGGGUGUGUACAUGCUGGUUGGUGGUCCAGGAAAGAAGAUGAUGAAAAAUCCUGGAAGGCCUUGGGAACUCAUUGACGCUGGUCCAGGAAAGAAGAUGAUGAAAAAUCCUGGAAGGCCUUGGGAACUCAUUGACGCGGUUGAGUUUAGAAACAACCCAAUAUUUCGCAAAGCUAUGUUUGACAGAACCCACCUACUCAAAGCAGGUCUUUAUAUCCCGGCCUAGACAGUAUAUUGAACUUGUGCUGUUAUAUUUUUAUUAUCUUUUGGACUUGUGGGUUUGUGGUUAUAUAUGCACCUGUAUGUGUUGAAUUGGAGUUUCAAGUAUGGGACUAAUUAUAAGCUAAAGUUGUGUAUUAUUGAUAUUAAAGACCUACUACGCUCUUUUCCUUAUGUGUGUAUCCAGUUUACUAAACGAUCAGCGAAUAGAGCUGCUCACUCACUAGCUAGAGAGGCUCUUUCAUUGUCUGAUUGUAUGGAAUGGGUGGAUCAUCCCCCUUCCUUCCUUUGUAAUAUUUUGUCUUCGGACCUUAUUGAAUGAAUCUUUCGUUUUACUUCAAAAAAAAAA